CCUAGUUGGCACUGUACAUUUUACCCUCCCUGGUGUAUGGACACUGGAGGAAUAGCAGCGAGGACUAUGGAAUAGGUGGAGCUACAGGUCAGAUCCAGCCCAUUCUCUGUGUAGAAGAGGAGAACCCUGACAGGCAGCUUCUCAUAGCUCCAGCAGCACACAGAUAGCCGCAGACAUGUGGCUUUAUGUUGUAGCCGGGAUCAUCUUCAUCUUCAUCGUCCUGAAGUCAUGGCUGGGAAACCGGGGUCCUAAUCCAUUUGCUGUGGACACCAGGAGACCCCCAGGACCUGUCGUGUUCGAUAAGGCAAUGAAGAGGAAAGUGAUUAAGAAUGUUUUCUCCCCUGAAAAAGUUCCGGAGAAUCUGGAUGCCAUAGUUAUCGGUAGUGGAAUUGGCGGACAGGGAGUAGCUGCCAUCUUGGCCAGAGCUGGAAAACGGGUGCUGGUCCUGGAGCAACUGGGAAAACUCGGCGGCUGCUGCCACACCUUCAAUGAGAAGGGCUAUGAGUUUGAUGUGGGUAUUCAUUACAUUGGUCAGCUGAAUAAAGAGUCUCCAUUUCGGAUUUUGGUGGACCAGUUGACAGACGGGCAGCUGCAGUGGUCUUUAAUGGACAAUCCAUUUGAUGUGGUGGUGCUGGGGGAUCCCAAAAAUGGCCGUCGGUAUAACAUGAGAACUGGGGCAGAAGCCUAUACUGAUGAACUGAAAAAAGCGUUUCCGGGAGAGGAGAAGGCGAUAGAAAAUUUUAUGAAGCUGGUUAAGAAAGUAUCUUUCCGAAUUCCAGACAUGGGGAUCCUGAAGAUGCUCCCUUUUCCGAUCUCCCGUUUCCUGUGUAACACUGGUUUGGUGAAUUGGCUCUCGCCAUUUUUUCGCUAUGCUACACGUAGUGUGACUGAGGUUGUCAGUGAAUUCACCAAGAAUAAAGAAUUACAGACUGUACUUAGCUACAUAUUUGGAACAUACGGUGUGUUCCCACACAAGGCCAGCUUUUCUCUUCAUGCUGUUUUGAUUGAUCAUUUCCUUUAUGGAUCCUGGUAUCCAACUGGUGGUGCCAGUGAAAUCACUUACCACCUCGUGCCCACAAUUGUGAAGGCUGGAGGAGCUGUUCUAUCAAGAGCAACUGUGGAGCAGAUCCUGGUAAAUGGUGACAAAAGAGCUUGUGGUGUUAGUGUCAGAGGGAAGGGUAUGGACCCCAUGAAUAUUUUUGCACCUAUUGUAAUAACAGAUGCUGGGAUCUUUAACACAUAUGAAAAGCUUCUACCUCCUGAGAUUAAGUCAAUGCCAGAGAUCCGGUCUCAGCUGGGCAUGUUGCAACAUGGAAUAGGGGGCUUUAGUCUCUUUGUUGGACUUAAAGGCAAUAAAGAAGAACUCAACCUUCCCGCUUCAAACUUCAUUUACAUUCCAGACACAGACCUGCAGAAACUGGAGAAGAACUAUUACAAUGCUUCAGCUGAAGAUGCUCCGCAGCAUCUUCCAAUGUUAUAUAUCUCCUCCCCUUCUGCUAAAGAUCCCAUCCAUGAGGAGCGCUGUCCUGGAAAAUCCACUCUGACCGCACUGACUUUUACCCCCUACGAGUGGUUUGAGGAGUGGAAGAAUAAGAAGGUACAGAAACGAGGACAAGACUAUGAGAGUGUGAAGAAUGCAUUUGCUGAGGCCAUGUUGGAGACCACCAUCCAGCUCUUCCCUCAAAUUAAAGACAAGAUUGACUGCUACACCAGCGGAUCUCCUCUAACUAAUGAACAUUACCUUGGUGCCUCACGAGGAGAGUUUUAUGGAGCAGAACAUGAUGUUGCCAGGAUGAGCCCUGAAACUGCGCUCGCCAUUAGACCUGAAACUCCCAUCAAGGGUCUUUACCUGACAGGUCAAGAUCUCGUGGUAUGUGGAUUUGCCGGGGCUCUAAACGCAGCAGUUAUAUGCGCCUCUGAAAUCUUAGGACGUAACCUCUUCAUAGAUCUCAUGAUGCUGAGAAGACGAAUCCUGCAAAACGAGGCUAAAAAGGCUGAAUAGUCUUGGUGGACAGACAAGUGUUAAAAGGGGCCAUCACUUGCUACAAACAAAAAAGUUGUUUAAUAAGUAAUUUUUUGACCAUCUUUUGUACUGUAAAACUGCCAAAUAAUAGCUGUGGUCUGGUACAAAAUGAGAAUAAAUCAGCAUGAGAGCAUAGCCUAAAAGUGACUACAAAGUGAGCACAGUGUGAGCCUAUAUGUUUUUUGGUGGAGUGAAGGUGGCCACACUUUUGGGUCUCUCAAAAACAAUUGUAUAUGUUUGUAAAUGUGCCUAAUGUAGUCACUACAUGCAGUCUACUGAAACGCGUCGGCAUACCAGUCAGCUGUUCUUCCAACAUAUACCACAAGCGUAGAGCAAUGUUCAGAUGUGAACUGAGCUUUAGUUUGUUGGCAGUAGACAUUUUUGUUGGGCUUGACAUGGCUGCUUUGGGUUUGAGGUCACCUUCUAAAGACCUAUUUAAGCCCAAACUAGAUGACAAAGUGGAACAUAUGCACCCGGUGACUAUCUCAUGUCUCUUUUAGGGUAUGUUUACACUGAGGAAGUGAAAUAAGCAAUUUCCAGUGAAUCUGCACCGUUCACUAAAAUAAAGUGUUUAUUUUUGGGUAAAAAAAAGGCUCCAUACUUCUUACCACUAGGGGUCCCUCCACUGUUCAGAAUACUGUCUUGUCCCUGCAGCUAUUGCUUGUGUGUCUCUGUGAGGAGACAAAAUGCAGGAAGUGUGGGCGGGACAAGCAGAGCUUGUCAAUCAGCCUGCUGUGUGAGCCGGGGGGGCAUGUCACAGAGCUUCAGUGCACAGACCAACCAGUUGUCAGCUCUGAAGAGGGAGGACGUUCCCACAUGAUAUGCGAGGGCAAGCAGGGAAUGCCCCCUCCUCCUCAGUGAACUGAAUGCAGUGUGAGCGACAUGAAAAAACGAUUGAGGAGCCAUGAAAAGAUAUAAAACGGGAUUUAACCACAUGGACAGGAUCAGCACCAAUUAAAGUUUAAGCCCAGAGCAUUUUUAUUUUUUAUAUUUCGUGACAGCUACACUUUAGUUUUUCCCCCCCCUCUAGAAUAAAUCUGCAUUCACUAGAUACAUUUCCUAAAAACAUGAAAUUACAGAAAAAUUUUACAACCAACCUUGUUUAGUAAUGCAAAAUCUAUUAAGCUCUUCACCUACAUAUAAAACCUGUUUAACCCCUUAACGACGCAGCCCAUUUUAACCUUAAGGAUACAGCCAAUUUUAUUUUUGCGCUUUAAUUUUUUCCUCGAGAUGUACAUUGUAAUGACAUCACUCAUUUUACCCUAAAAUAUAUGAUAAACCCCAAAAAUUAUUUUGUGUGUAAGGAAAUUUUAUCGAAAAUCAUAAUUUUGAAUCUUUGGGGGGUUUCGUUUUCGUGCUGUACACUUUGCUGUAAAAAUUACAUGCUUUCUUUAUUCUUUGGGUCAAUACAAAUAAAAUGAUACCCAUGGUUACAUACAUUUCUAUUGCACUGCUGUUAAAAAAUCUCAAACUAAUCAGUAUGUUUAAAAUUGCCCUAUUUUGACCACCUCUAACUUUCUUACUUUUCCGUAUUCAGGGAUGUGUGAGGGCUCAUUUUUUGCGCCAUGAUUUGUAGUUUGUUUUGGUACCACAUUUGCAUAUAUGUGACUUUUUGAUUGCUUUUUAUAAAAAAAAAAACAA